AUGGCACUUGAACUGCGAGUGCUCUACUCAUCGUUUAUUAAAGAUGGUGUUGGUCUUGCACAAAUCUAUAAUAACAUAGCUGGUUGUUACAAUCAAAAUGGUGAUUAUAAUCGUUCAAUUGAAAACUAUGAAAAGUCAAUAGAUAUUAAACUAAAAUAUCUACCACCAGAUCAUCCAUCAUUCAGAAUAACCUAUAGUAAUUUGAGUGAUACAUAUCGAACAAAAGGUGAUUAUGAAAUGGCAUUGAAAUAUUGUCAAAAUGCACUUGAUAUUCAUCUCUUAACAUUACCAAAAGAUCAUAUAGAUUUUGCAAAAUCGUAUAAUGCUAUGACUAAUAUUUAUAUUGAAAGUGAAAACUCGAUAAAAGCUAUAGAAAAUUAUGAAAAAGUACCUGAAAUUGAAUUAAAUCAAAGGCCGCAAAAGCAUCCACGAUUAACUACCACCUAUAACAAUAUUGCCAAUAUUUAUUUGGAUAAAGGUCAAUAUGAACUUGCAAUCAAAUACUAUAAACGUGCACUUGAUGAAAUUGAGUCUUCAGAUACAGUUGGUCAUGCUGUUAUUUACAAUAAUCUUGGUGAAAAUUAUCGUAAAAUUGGUACUUACACAGAGGCAUUAAUUCAUCAUAAAAAAGCAGUUGAUAUUCGAAUGACAGUGUAUUCUUCGCUUGAUCAUCCUGAUCUUGCACAAUCAUAUCAUAAUCUAGGAACAGUAUUCAGUGACAAGGAUCAAUACGACACAGCUUUAGAAUACUUUGAAUUAGCACUUGAAAUAAAACAAAAAGUUUUUCCUUCCAAUCACUCAUCAAUUGCUAGAAUAUACAUAAAUAUGGCUGAAACAUAUCGAAAACAGUCAAAUUAUAUGGAAUCAUUGAAAUAUAACAAGAAUUAA